ACCGACCUUUGUCAACCACGAUACGCAACUCCUCCUCAAUCUAACCAUAUACGUCAGCCUCUGUCUCAUCGGAUUCCCAACAUCGUCAGACAUUGAGCAUCCCGAACAAAGCACCGGCCACAAUGGCGGAUUCGGAGAGCAAGCACGACACCUCCACCAGCUUCGCAAAGACCGAUGACAAGCCUCUGACGGAGAAAGCGGCCGAGACCGCUUCAGCAGUAAAGGAUAACGUGUUCUCCAUGUUCGGUGGCGGUGCGAAGAAGGAAGCGAAGAGAGAUGACGAGGACGAGGACAACGACCGCUCUGGAUCAGCCAAGGCACAAGCUGAGAAAGCGAAAGCUGAGGGUGGCGAGGACGACGAGAAAGCGGAUGAGGAGGAGGCAGAUGUACAUUUCGAGCCGGUCGUACAUCUGACGGAAAAGGUCGACACGAAGACGAACGAAGAGCUAGAGGAGCAGACUUUCAAGAUGCGGGCGAAGCUGUUCAAGUUCGAUCGCGACUCGAGAGAGUGGAAGGAGAGAGGGACGGGUGAUGUGCGGUUGUUGAAGCAUAGGGAGAAUGGGAAGACGCGGUUGGUCAUGCGGAGGGACAAGACGCUGAAGGUUUGCGCGAACCACUACGUCGUCCCUGAUAUGAAGCUGUCACCCAAUGUCGGAAGCGACCGCAGCUGGGUUUGGAACGCCGCCGCAGACGUUUCCGAAGGCGAACCGGAGGCCCAGACCCUCGCCAUCCGCUUUGCAAACUCCGAGAAUGCGAACCUGUUCAAAGAGGCGUUCAUGAAGGCGCAGCAGGAGAACGAGAAGCUCUUCGCGAAGCAGGACUAAGCGACUCCUAUAGCAAAUGGAUACGAAGGCCGCCGCAGCUUACUCCUACCACGAAGUCAGGCAAAUCCGCACGGGUCAAGUGCGCCGCCUACCCAGCUCCGGGGUGCCGCGACAGAGCUGCGGAAGUCGUUUGAGCAUUACAACGGCGCACAUAGUGGGGCGG